GGGGCGUGGUGAAUGGUGAGGAGGGAGGGAGAGAGAGGGAGGAAGAGGGGGAGGGGGAGGGGGAGGAAGAGGGGGAGGAAGCGGGAGAGGGGGAGGGGGAGGGGGAGGAAGAGGGGGAGGAAAGAGAGGAGGGGGCAGAAGAGGAAGAUGAGGAGGACGAGGAUUAGAAGGAGGACGAGGAGGAGGAUGAUGACAUUGAGCACGCGUAUGGCAUGGAGAGUGACGAUGACAGGGAUGACGAGCGACGCUGGGCGGUGGAGAGCGAGGAUGAGGAAGACUGAGAUGAUGGUGACUUGAGAUAUCUCAGUGGAGACACUCGCGCGAUUCGAGAAGGACGUGAAGCGAACCGCCACCGGGUUCCUGACGAUAGCAACAGAGGUAGAGCACGACGGAGAGAAGACCUCGGAACCUCCAGGAAAGAUCAAGGAAUUAUUGAAGGAGUUCCAAGACAUUCUUCCUGACGAUCUUCCGAACGAGCUACCGCCAUACCGAACGCAUCAACACGAGAUCGUAGAGGAACCGGGUUCGAAGCCGAUCUUCCGAGCACCAUAUCGGCUCAGCCCUACGGAGCUGACUGACAUGAAAAAACAGAUCGAGUAUCUCCUAGCCAAAGGACUCAUCCGACCAUCCACUUCACCAUACGGUGCCCCAGUACUCUUCACACCGAAACCGGACGGAAGCCUGCGCAUGUGCAUCGACUACCGAGCUCUUAACAAGCAGACCAUCAAGAAUAAAUAUCCGAUACCGCGAAUCGAUAACCUUCUUGACCAGCUUCGGGGAGCUACGGUAUUUUCCAAAUUGGAUCUGCAAUCCGGAUACUGGCAGAUACGGAUGGCGGACAACUCUAUCCACAAAACUGCUUUCCGAACUCGGUAUGGAUCGUACGAGUAUUUGGUAAUGCCGUUCGGACUCACCAACGCACCGGCAACAUUCCAAGCCGAAAUGAACCACAUUCUACGACCACUUUUGGACGAGUGCGUGGUGGUGUACCUAGACGACAUACUCAUCUACUCGCGCGACAUGAAGCAGCAUGUCGAACACCUGCGACGCGUCUUCGAAAUUCUUCGACGAGAAUGAUUCUACGUCAAACUGUCCAA